AAGUAUGGUUGUACGAUUCAAUCAGUACGUCAAAUUUCUUAGUAAAGAGAGGUUGAAUUUGUCUGUGAAAAUUAUUUAUAUUUUCAGUUCAAUUCGUUUAUUAUUUUGUAAUAAAUAUUGCAGUUGUGCAAUAAGAAUCUUUUAAUUAAUAAUGUAACGAUUAAAUAUUUAUUUAUUAAAAAAGUGUAUGAGUGUUUGUUUAGUGUCCAUCUGUUUGAAUAUUAUACAGUAACCCCAAGUAUUUAACUUUUAAUAACAAAAUGACGUCUUCGAAUGACGAUAUUAUUAAAGCUAUUCUUCAGUACCAAGAAAGAUUGGAUAGAUACAACCAGAAUAAAAAUGAAGACAAGAUGCUGUAUGUUAUUGGAAAAUUGAGUAAGCUCCAAAUUAGAACUCUACAUUUAGAAACCACUGGUAUUGGUAGGACUGUUAAUGCAUUAAAAAAGCUGGGUGGUUCAGUAGGUGACGCAGCUAAAGAUUUGGUUACUUCAUGGAAAUUUAUGGUGUUGGAGGAGGAAAAAGCAGCACAAGAGACUUCUCUCGAAGAUGAUGCAGAUUCUGUAUAUUCAAGUGAAAAUGAGAAUAAAGACUGUCAAAAACAAGACUCGUCUAAAGAAAAUAUAAGUCAUUCAGAGAAUGAGAGUGAGGGUUAUGGUAGCAAACCAGAAAUUCGUAGAAAUAGUAAAAAUGAAGUAGAAAGUAAUUUGUGUAAAUAUAACAAAGGUGAUAGUAGAAGUAAAUCCAGUAGCUCAUCGUCGUCAUCUUCAGAAUCAUCAUUGUCGUCAGCAGAAUCUGAAAAGGAGGCUUAUAGCAAACGCAAAGAACACCAUUCUCGAAAAAGAAUUCAUUCGUAUAAUUCUAGUUCGGAUGAUAGAGAAACACAUCACUCUAAAAAGUUUAAGAAUGAUAGUGAUCGAUCUAGUCAAGAUAACCACAAAAAUAAAUCCUCUAAAGAAAGUAGGGGUGAUAAGCAUGAAAAAAGUGAUAAUAAACACAGAGAAAUCUCAGAGAAGCACAAGAAGAAUUCAGAUAAAUGUAAAGAGAGCUCCUAUCGAUCUGAAUCCAAGCAUAAAUCAAAGAAAGAUACUGAAAGUGAAUCGAAGCACAAAUCUGAUAAAAAAUAUGAUGAAGGAAAACAUAAAAAAGAUUCUGAAACAGUAAAAUCGAGUCAUAACACCAAAAAGCACGAGGAAAAGGAAAAUAGUCGUCAUAAGUCAGAUAAGCAUAAAAAUGAAAAGACUGAUAAGCACACUAAAUCUAGUCAUUCCUCUAAAGAUAAAGAGUCGCGUCAUUCUAGUUCAAGCAGUAAAAGAGACUCAAAAAUAGAGAAAAAAUCUUCUGAAAUUAAAUUAAAAGACAGUAUAAAAGAAGAUAAAACAAAAGACAUAUACAAAUCAAAAGAUUCUCAUACAAGUUCAUCUUCAAAACAUAAAUCUAGUAAUUCUGAAGAUCCGGCUAAAAAGAAAGUUAAAUUAGACAAAAUUUCGAAUGCUACAAAGAAAGAAAUUGUGCACGGUAUUGAUUCGGGUUCAGGAGCAAGUUUUGCAGAAGCUUUAGGUAUGUGCGGUCCUAUGGCGCCUAAUUCUAAAAAGAAAUCUGAUAAACCUAAGAUUACUCAAAAUCCCACUAGAUCAUUGGAAAACGUCGAAACGGAAUCUACAAAAAAUAGGAAAUCGAAAAAUGACGAUAGUGGAAGCUCUUCUUCUAAAAUCGUAGUACCUGAAUUAUUAAAAGAAGAACCAAUAGAGCCUUUGAACGUUUGUUUAUCUAGUCUUCUACCAGAGAUUACCCCGAAUUACAAACCAUUAGGAAUAUCUUUAGAUACACAGCCCAAACGUUUAUAUACAGAUGACGAAGCAUUAAGUAGAGUGAUGACAAACAAAAAUCAAAGAACUAAAGUUUAUUCCGGAAAUAAAACCGUUGGAAAAGUCGAAAGCUUGUUCCAACUAUGCGUUAGAGUACUACAAGAUAAUAUUGACGCAUUAGAAUAUACGGGUGGUGUUCCUUAUAUAAUCCUCAAGCCGAUAAUGGAAAGGGCUACAGCAGAUCAGAUAUUUAAUUUGGAGCACCACAACCCGUAUCUGAUUGAGGAUACCGACGAAUUGUGGCAGUUGCAUUGUCAGAAAGAUUUCAGGAAUAAACAGAGGGAGGAAAUGGAAUCGUGGCGUGACAUGUACAUGCGUUGCUUAGACGAAAGGGAAGCCAAAUUAAAUGCCGUUAAAGCGAAUAUAAAAUUAUCGCAAGAUAAAUCGAUACCGGUUAGGACUACUAAACUCGCUUACAUUGAUUCCGAGUUCGUUAAACCGCCGAGGAACGUCGCUAAAAGACAAGCCAAAAACGGUACCAUCAAUACCGAUAGGAAAAUAACGACUACUCAAAAAUUGACGGCUUUAGCUCAAUCUGGGGAAGCCGGUAAAGUAUCCGUUCCGGAUCCUGGAAGAAAAGCCGCAGAUAGGGGUGGUAGUAGUGGUGCUGUUAGUAGUGCAACGGUGAUGAAAGCAAAGAAGGCGCCUCUCAUGGCAAAAACUUUAUCGUUUAUGAAAAAUAGAUUCAGAAGGUGAAAGGAAUUUGUUGGGAAGCGUCACGAAGUGGUCUUAUAUUUUUGAACAAGGAGAAUUUUAUGUAAUUUUUUAUGCAUUAUUUUCGACUGUAAGAAUUGAAUCAAUUAAUUGAGGUUAGUUCGUUUCAACCCCCUGUUGUUUAAAUUUUAUCAUUGCGAGUAACUUUGUUCUUGUUGUGAUUAGAAUCCUUAGAAUAAUAUUUUUUCGAAAUUAAUUAAUUCCUUUUUAGUAUUAGUUCAUUUUUUUAUCAAAAUUAUUUAUGCCUCUAUUUUUUGUGAUAUGUUGGUUUUUAUGCACCAUUGUGAUUUUAAGUCGUUAAAAUUUACCAAAUUUUGAUUUUCUUAAAAAUUUUUUGGUUUUUAAAUUAUUUCAAUGAAAAGAUUCUUUCGUAAUACAUUAAUAGAUUUUGCUUGGUACAUGACCAUCAUAAGUUUAUUUUUGGUACACUAUCAUCGUUUAUUUUAAGGUGCCAUUUUUAAAAAAUCCCAUUUUAUCCAAAAA